CAGCAGCAGGCAAAGAACAGAGCAGUUCCUCCGUUCAGUGCACAUGUAACCGGUUUGACCUCCGGCAGUACUGAGAUCUGUGUGCUUGUUUUAGCGUUACAUUUUCUAUGUGUGAUUUGUCGGCGUUGUGAGAGUAGCAGCAGCAGUGAGCGGUGUUAGUGGAUACCAGUAGGUGUGUUAGCAUUAUCUGGGCUGUAUCAGUGUGAAUAAGUGAGUGCUCAUGGCUGCAGUAUCAGCUCUGUCUCCUGAUGCCGGGCCCGUGGAGAGCCGCUCUCCUGAACAACACCUCGAUGGAGAUGAUGAUGAAGAUGAUUUGGAUGAGACGUUGCUGGAGAGGCUGUGGGGGCUGACUGAGAUGUUCCCUGACACACUGCGCUCAGCAGCAGAAACUUCAGCGCAGUGCUCGAUGUCUGUUGCUAAAAAACUUUACAGUUUUUCCCGCAGUGCAUUGUGGGUGGGAACCACUUCAUUCAUCAUUCUGGUUCUUCCAGUCGUCUUUGAGACAGAAAGACUACAGCUGGAACAGCAACAGCUACAACAACAGAGACAGAUUUUAUUAGGGCCAAAUGCUGGGAUGUCAGGUGGAAUGCCUGGAAUGAUGCCUGCUCCUGCUGGAAAGCUCUAAAUGGGGAUUCUCUAGCAGUCCAUCAGCUGCAUUUCCCAAAGGAUCUGCAAGUCAUGAAGUCAUGUGAGAGGAGAGGGAGAGAAGGCAGCAGUCAGUUAUUCGGGGGAGAGUUUUUUUAUGAAGAGCCUUGAAACAGUUUUCUUCUUUUGCCUCUUACUCAGUAUCCUGCGUCAACAUCUAAGCACUGAUCUUUUUUUUUUUCUUUUUUUUCUUUUUUUUUUUUUUACAACUGUCUUCUUUACAUGUGUCCUUCUAAAAGUAAAACAAUGACUGUCAGUACGAUCAUUAUGUAGUGGUUAUCUAUAUGUAUCGUUUUAACAUGCACAGAUGGAUUUUACAGUGUUGAGUGUGUGUUAUAAAAGUUCUUAAUGGAAUACAAAACCAACAAUGUCAUUAAACCAACACUGUUCUUUACAAAUUGAUUUUUGUAUAUUUAUGGUAAACAGUUAUGUAUGUCAUACAAUAAAACAGAUAAUAUACAGAAAGAAUGCAUUAUUGGUCCAGGGUAUGUUCCUGCCAGGUAUUAUCGGACUUACUGAGGACCUGACCAGGAUUAUAAAAACAUUAUGAUACUGCUUGCCUGUGAUUGUAUAGCAAUGGCAUAAAAAGGUAUUAAAUGUAAUGUUCAGUAAAGAUCUAAUGACCUUAUAGUGAAUGAGGUUAGUUACGUGGUUACUUAAUAAAGCUCUAAACUUUAUUCAUUCA